GAGGAAAUUGACUUGAAUGAAGACAUGGAUGUGCUGCUAUUGAGAGCACUGAGGCAGAUGGUGGACUUUGCAGAUGACUUCAUCAAAAAUAUCCCUCUCAAAAUAACCCCAAAAGUAGUUGAGCAGACCUGAAUCACUGGACAAAGAUAUGGGAUUCGGUGAAUCAAAACAAGCAGCCCCAGCCGCAGCCCCAACCCCAACCCCAGCUCCAAGUAAAGUUUUUGACAAACCAUGGAGGGACGCACAUUGGAAUGGAAGAGAUCAGUUGUUGGAGGACCUGAGGGCAUAUGUUCCACGUAAUCCUGACAUAGAACAUGUUAGGAUUUUGCUAGAUGGACCAGUCGGAGUGGGCAAAUCCAGCUUCAUCAACUCCAUCAACAAUGUCUUACAGAAUAAAAUGACAAUGAAAGCCCAGGUUGAUUCUGCUAAUGCUGAUAGAAGCUUCACCACAAAAUACAAAACACACAAAAUUGAGAAUCGAAAAACUGGAUCCUAUUACCCGUUUGUCUUCAAUGAUGUAAUGGGAUUUGAGCAAAAGAGUGGCAAAGGAGUGCAUGAAGAUGACCUCAUCAAAGCACUGACAGGACAUGUGGAAGAGGGUCACAAGUUCAAUCCGAGUUAUUCAUUGACCGAGGGCGAUUUGGGCUACAAUAAGUCCCCCAGUCCAAGUGACAGAACCCACUGCCUGGUCAGUCUGAUUCCAGCAGAUAAGAUUACUGUCAUGGAUGAUGAUGUCAUCAAGAAGAUGAGGGCCAUUAGAGUAGUGGCCAGUGAAUUGGGUAUUCCCCAAAUGGUCAUCCUCACCAGGGUUGAUAUGGCUUGUCCAUUGGUGAAAGAAGGGUUGAGAGCUAUGUAUCUAAGCAAGUAUAUCAAGGAGACGAUGGAGAAAUGCAGUAUGAGGCUGGGUGUCCCAGUGAACUGCAUCUUUCCUGUGAGGAACUACCAUGAGGAGAUCGACUUGGACAAAGACAUGGAUGUGCUGCUAUUGAGAGCACUGAAGCAGAUGGUCGACUUUGGAGACGAUUUCCUAAAGGAGAUGGAACAAUCUCAAACAAAACUUGUGCCUAAGCUAUCGACACCAUCUGUGUACAGCAUGCCCGCCAUAGUAUAACAUGUAUUGUGGUCUCAGCCAUAGUUAAAAAUGGCAAAAACAGCUCCCCAUUGAUAUAGUGUGAUAGAAUGAAAUGCCUAAAUAAUAAUACAGCAUCAAUAUGCUAUUAAUUUAUCUAAAUGUUGAAAAUACGAUCUGUGUUCUCUAUUGAUGUCUGUUUUGAUCUGAGUUUGAUUGAUUAUACAUAGAAAUUCCUAGAGGUGCAUGUUCACAUGUUUUGUGAAAAGACUUAUUACAAGUGAC